AAAUAGCUCUGACAAGUUGUGAAAUUGGUAGGAGAUAUAUAAUCGGGUCUCGCUUUGGGCCGGUCAGUUCUGUUUUGCCAAGCUAGAAGCGAACACGGAAACAUGAUUGGAAUAUAUUUACUGAUUGCUGCAGUCACCCUGAUCUACGUCUACCUCAAGUGGACAUUCAGCUACUGGGAGCGCAAGGGAUUCCCCUCCGCGGGCGCCAGAAUCCCCUUUGGGGUGCUGGAGUCAGUCUCGAAGGGAAAAAGGUCCUUUGGAAUGGCCAUCUACGACCUCUACAACGCCACAAAGGGUUCUGUCGUGGGCAUGUACCUCACCCUGCGACCGGCUUUGCUAAUCCGAGAUGCCCAGCUGGCGCACGAUGUCCUGGUGAAGGACUUCAGCAGCUUCCACGAUCGGGGAGUGUAUGUGGACGAGGAGAACGAUCCGAUUUCCGCCGGCCUGUUCUCCCUGGAGGGAUCGAGUUGGAAGAACAUGCGGACCAAGCUCUCUCCCUCAUUCACCUCCGGCAAGUUGAAGGCCAUGUUCGAGACCUCCGACGCUGUGGGCGAUAAGUUGGUGGCCCACUUGAACACCCUACUGCCGCAAUCGGGCAGCAAAGAGGUGGAACUGAAAGAGCUGAUGGCGACCUACGCCGUUGAUAUCAUAGCCUCGACUAUUUUCGGACUUGAUGUGGACAGCUUUGCGGAUCCCAACAACGUGUUCCUGGGCAUCAGCAAGAAGAUCAAUCGGAACACCUUUACGGACGUUGUUCGGGGAACAUCCUCGUUUCUAUAUCCUGGCCUAGAAAAGAUCUUCGUGCGCCUUGGCUGGAAGCAGGAUGCCAUUGAGGCCAUGCGCGAGCUCUCCAGCCAUACAGUCGAUCUCAGGGAGAAGAACAACAUCGUUCGAAAGGAUAUGCUUCAGCUACUGCUGCAGUUGCGAAACCAAGGAAAGAUCAGCACCGACGAUUCUGUCUGGACGGCGGAGAACUCCAAGCAGGGAUUGAAGAGCAUGUCCAAGGAUCUUAUUGCCGGGCAGCUGUUGCUGUUUUAUGCAGCUGGUUUCGAGACUACAGCUUCCACUACUUCCUUCACACUGUUCGAGCUCUCCCAGAAUCCCGAGGCGUUGGCGAAGGCCAAGGAGGACGUUAGAGAAGCCAUUGAAAGGAAUGGUGGCAAGCUGAACUACGACGCCAUCCAGGACAUGAAGUAUCUAGAGGCCUGUGUGUUGGAGACCGCUCGCAAGUAUCCUGCGCUGCCCAUUUUAAACAGAAUCUGCACUGAGGACUAUGCAGUCCCCGAUUCCAAGUUGGUGAUUCAGAAGGGCACUCCCAUUGUGAUCUCCCUUAUCGGAAUGCACCGCGAUGGCGAAUACUUCCCAGAUCCGCUCAGCUAUCAGCCGGAGAGGUAUCUGGAUGAGAACAAGGACUUUAAGCAGGCGGCCUACAUGCCCUUCGGAGAGGGCCCACGUCACUGCAUUGGAGCCCGCAUGGGAAAGGUGAACGUAAAGCUGGCGCUGGCCAAGGUGCUGAGCAACUUCAACGUGGAGAUCACUUCAGAGAAGCGGGAAAUAGAGUUUGGACCUCACGGAGUUACCUUGAUGGCCGCGGGGGGCGUGCCCGUCCGGAUCUCCCGCAAGCAGUAGCCCCACCAAGCUAGUGGGGGAAAAAUAAAAAAAAUGUCAAUUGGAUGCACUUCUCGCACACACACACACACAAACGAAUA